UCGUUCGAUUUACGUCAAAAAUCAAGACAAUAUUGAGUUUUAAAAUAGAUUACAAUAAUUAUUUUCUAUGCAUUCUAAUUUGAACAUAACUUUUUGCUUAAUGUGCUAAAAAAGUGUCUUUAUAGAGCAGACAGCAUGUUUUUAUGACAUUAUUCAACCCUAAUUUUUGUGAGAUGUCUAAGGCUGUACUUAUCCCGGAAUGCAACAAAGACUUAGGGGGAGUUAAAGGAGAGUUGAGUGUCUCUCCCAAUGAUAAAAAAGACGGUGCCAUUGGACUCUUAAGUAGGCUGCUCCGUUUUGAUGCUCUAAGUAAAAGGCAGGGAGCACCUGGGAGUCCUACAUCUGAUGAACCACCGACUACUUACUAUGGAGUGUAUAUACCUUGCGAAUUAAAGAAAGGCCCUGAUGAAGAAGCUCUUCAUGUAUACAAAACUAAGUCAGAGGCUUUAGAAUUAGUUCGAAGGUACAAAUCGGCUAGGUUCAAGGUAUUUAGGAAUCAUCAAGAUGCCGUAUCUUUUGCUUUACGUGGAGCUGAAUCUAAUGAGAUUCAUGAAGGAAAUGUUAACUCUGUCAUGGGAGAAAAGCCAUACCCAUUUAAGGCACCAUCACCCCAAGAUAUGGUGACACUCCGCAAAGCUAUUGAGGCAGGGUUAACUUGCACAGUACGAGAUAGAGUUUGGGACAACCCUAGAUACCUGGUUAGCAGUGGCAAUACUCCAGCAAUUGUUCAGGAAGGAUCCCGUUACAACGCCUUACACGUAGCAGCAAAAUCCCUUAACGCUGAAAUAUGCAACCUUCUUUUGACAACAGUGGGAAACCCCGCCUUUGUGCAAACCUUGUAUGGCGCUGAUGCCGAAGCGGAUUCUUGUAGGGAAUUCGCGGCCAUUUUAGUGGACCGCUACCUCAACACACCGGACAAGGCGAUGAACGAGACUCCUCUGCAUUUCGCGGCUAAAUUCGGAGCCGAACACGUCGUCGAUGUGCUGACGUCAUUCCCGCAGUGCAACAAACUCGCCAAGAACAAGUAUGGGGAAAUGGCCAAAGAUAUAAUCUGUAACCGCGUCUCCAAGGCCAACUCGGAAUUAGUCCGACGGAUAUCCGUAAUGCUGACGGAGCGCUACUACGUGCCGGUGGUGCACGCGGAGGACGAAACGAGUCCGCCCACCAUCGGGAGACCUUUCACACCGGCUGCGCCGCCUGAUUUAAAUCGCGAUCCACUGUCACCUCGGUUCGAGAUUCGGGCUUUCGCGGGUCCGAUGGAGGCGAAUGAUGCUGAAAGCUUCCGUCGAAGGUGGAAAACACCUCCGCGAUCCAUCAAACCCAAUUUCAGACUCAGGGAUAUGUCUAAGGGCCUCGAAGCUGUUGGAAGGAACCUAGCCGAACAAAUGAACGUGACAUGGAAGGAGUACUGGCCAUUUUUAGACACGUUCACAGACCUCCGGACCCCAGAAGGCCUCAAUUUACUAGAAAACUAUCUGAGCGCGAAAUUCAAGAUGUCCUCCUAUAUGGAGGCUUCGCCCCCGGAGACGCCCCUCAGCACGUCGAAAGAAGUGCUGAGCCCCAUCUCAGAUUUGUGCAAUGCGAUGAAAUCGUGCAAUUUGAGUGACAGGCCAUAUUGGAGCAGGACGGAUCCCGUGAGACAGAGAAUGUGUCGACAACCUAAUGCGAGGCCCACAACAAACGGGGAAACGUUCCAAAUGAACCACACGGUCAGUCAACUGCUUUGCAUAGAAAGAACCUGCCAAGUGUUCGCCAAACGCAUUGCGGAUGCGCUCAUUUUCUCUCUGACAGCGGAACCGGAAGUCGCCGGCGACUCCCUCAAGUCGGAAGCCACGCACCUCCACAACACCAUGCUGACCUACAUGGACGACGAAAGGUUCAAGGGCAUCGACUUCGCGUUGGCCCAUUGGAGGCUCGCUCAGCUGGUCGUCUUCAAGCUGAGGCAGAGCAUCGAUUCGGACGACGUCAGCUCUCUGUUGGAAUUUCUCGGGAGGACGAGGUGCCCCGACGACGACGUCAGCUCGGACGAUGAGAAGGCGCAUCGGAGGAAGACGAGGAACGCGAUGGAGGCUCACGUGAAGUGCGUGUCGAGCUUCAUCGCCGAAGAGUUGGAGGGCGAGGGGAGCAAGGGACCCGCGGCUUCGGACCUCGAGUGUGCCGACAUUUGGAGUAAGGCGGAGAAGUGCAGAUGUGAAUGGAAGAUAGAAAUGUUUGAGAGGAACAGUAAAAAGAACGCUUCGUUCAGAAAGAACAGGUCUAUUCUCUCCAGUAGCCCGAAGAGUGACGGCUUCAUUAGGAGAUUAACUUUCGACCAGGAUAUAGGCGAUGGCAAGCUUCAAAACAAAGAAAACGUAGAGGAGACACAGAACAUGAAUUCGCCAGGAGGAGACAACGUUCCUACUGUUUUUACUGUGGACGUUGCCAAAUGUCGAGUUGUGGAUGCUGAGAUAUCAGACGAUGACUCUGAUUUAGAAGAGGCCUAUUUGACUGCGCCGGAGUCCCCAGACAGCUCCGACGACGAAAUGUUUGACGCAAGCGAUCGACCAAUCAUCGAAUGCUUCAUAAAUGGCGAGGAGCCAACAAAAAUAGACCGCCAAGUAUUCGAGGCGUUGUCAGAGUGUGCAAUAUCAUCCGAAGAGUUUCCCAACAUCUCCCGUUGGAGACAUUGCGUUGGACUCUACUCGGAACAGGAGAGAGAAAGUUGGCAGACAUCAUCUCACUCCGAUGGCAGCGUAAUAUCCUCAAUAUCCUGGAGUAUUUGCAAUUCCCCCCGAACACCCCUGUCCACCCCCGGAAGGCCCCACACACCGGGGACACCAAACCGGCCCCUCACCCCAGGGAGCCCCAUUUGCAGCACCCCACACAAAGGGAUGUCAUCGCCGGGGAGCAAGGAAGACAGAAAUCCAUCCUUACAGGUAUCGAACUGGCUGCGGGUGACGGGACCGAAUUCUCCUCGAGCGACGCUGACGAGUAAAAACGUCAGUCACAACGUCAGCUUUGGGUUCUAACAGCCCGCCUCGUUUACUUAUUUUGACAUUCAUAAUAAUUUUUAUUAGUUAUUUUUUAAAUCCCAAGUCUGCUACGUAUUUUUAUUUUAUUGCCUUGGGUUUUAGGAUUAAAUAAUAUUACGGAAGCCUAAAGGAAAACUAAUAGGUAUUUUUGACAAUCUCUGAUUCUUCUUUGAAAUAGCGAUUUGGGUCUACAUGGUGUUUAGUUUCCUUAGAUGACGCGAAUCUUGACGCUGUGUAAGAAUUUAAUGAAAAAACUAUAUUGUUAGUUGAGUUAAUUUGAAAUAUUUGUUUUAAUUAAAGAAAUUUAUAAACAUAGUUUUUAAAAUAUAAUAUGACGUCAAGGGUUUAGAUUGUGUUGAGCUUAAUGUAACGGCAGAAACUAAAUAUCCUGGAAAUACCCCAUUUUGUAGUUUCAAUUUUAUCUUAAUCUGCAGAUUGAAUUCACGAAGCUUUAAUCUUUGAAAUUGGUUUUGACAGUGUAGAUUUCGCUAGGUUUUAUUCUAAUUCCACUUAAUUUGUAUUAAUACGUGAAACGUAAAUUUUUGGCAGUAGAAGAAUUAUAGCAUUAUUUGGUUUAUAAGAUUAAGUUUUUAUUGGAAAUUUAACAUGGAACCCUUUUGACACUCGACAAAACCUAAUGUUAAAAAAGAGAAAUUUUAUGCCAAAAGGUAAAAUGUUAAUAGAAAAAAAUAUCUAAAUUUAACCCAAUGUUUAAGAAUAUAACGUUUCAGUGAUACUAACGUUAGUUGUAAAAGUUAAUUUUAACAAAGUGACCGCUUAUAGUACACAUAUGGCUGUGUUCAAUAAUUGAUGUUGUAUCAUAUGUGGGAAUGUCCCAUAUAAAAUACUGAUACGACAAUUUCGCCUUUGUGUACUCUAAGAACUUUAGGUAAAUAUAAUCUCAGCUCCGAAUACACAAACGCCACUUUAGGAGCUACUUUGGACUAAAACGAAACAGCUAUAUUUUUUAAUAUCUGGUUUUUGUGUAUUCGGGCAUCUUUAUUUGUAUUGUUGUGUCCCUUUAAUUUUGAUUUACGCGGUCGGUUAAAAUAUAAGUUUUGUGUUAAAUAUAAACCGUCGGCGUAUAUCGAUCGGGUUCUAUGUUCUGGUCAAAUUUAAAAGUCAGAAAUAUUUUCAUAUACCUUUUUUAGUAGAAAUGUUUUUUUUUAAUUUCCUACGAAAAGAAGGAAAUAGUUAUUCGGUGCUCCGGCAUCGGAAAAAUGAGUAAUAGCAAUUUGAUUGAACAUAGCGCCCUCUUGCAUUUCACAAAUUUUAUGUUAAAGUUAAUCAGUUGACAAUAAUUGUUCGCAUUCAAUAGCAUUUAAUGUUUUUUUUGGAAAUGACGAAUGUCCCCCUCGGGGGCCCACAGAUGAAUGUUUGUACUUUUAUAAAAUGAUGUAUAUAAAUGUACGAAAUAAAUUAUGAUUGG